AUGGCUUUGCCGCUGACCUCCUCGCCGCCAUUAUUCCCAACUGAGCCUCCUUCCUCUCCGGCAUUCCUCCCCGUAUUGGAUCGUAAUCGAAAAAGAGGACUAUCUGAGUACGACAACAGCAGCGAUCCGCUGUUCUCCGAUGACACGUCGGGUGCUGAGGAUGUCACUGGCUAUGAGAGGCCAAAGCGAAAGCGCAUGUUCAAAGGGCCGUGGUAUAAUUUGGGCAGUAAGCACAGCUUGAGAGAGGGCAUGGCGAAGAGGGAUUCGGUUAGGAAUGUCGACAGUGGUGUAUGGAUGGGGAGUGACGGCAGCGAGGAGAGUGUAGACAGUACGGUUGCUGAGGGCAGCAAGAUACGCCUCCCGAACCAUGCGGCCAUCGAAAGAGCGCCGCUGACCGCUGAGGCCUUGGCGCGGUCCAUCAUCGACCAUUGCGUGGAAGAUGGCAAAGAGGCCGUAGAUCUUUCUGAUAUCGGCUUGACCGAAUUGUCUUCUGCCACCCUCAGACCGCUGCAUCAGCUCAUUCGGCACUCUCACAUCGACUUAAGCCACCCUCCAUCCGAGACAGAAUUCGCUCCGUUGACACCUUCCAUCAAGCUCUUUCUGGCCAAGAAUUCCCUCACUUCUCUUCCGCCCGAGUUGUUCAGUCUGGAGAACCUGACUGUGCUCAGCCUUCGAAGCAAUGAGCUCACGGAGAUCCCACCUGGCAUCGCCCGGUUGAAGAAGCUCAAAGAACUAAACAUCUCUGGUAAUCGAAUACAGUGUCUACCUUGGGAGCUCCUUGAUCUGAUCUGCUGUCGUGAUGGCCACACCACAGUAAACAUACGGCCCAACCCUCUGCUCGAGCCUACUGAGAUUUCAGGGUCAUCAGGUCUGGCCAAGCUUCACAUGGUACCGAUUGCAAAAGAAGAGUUGAGCCGACAUGGAGACACGAGAGCCUACUGCGAACGUCUCAGAAGCAUCGGCUCGGAAAAUGGAGCAUUGGACCUGCGGACUGAGUUGGAGAUUCGGCUGAAGCUAGGUCGCAUGCUUAGAAACCAGUACAUCCAGGAGUCUGCACAAGCUGGAGCCGAGCCCGUCGUCUGCCGCGAAGAGCUCAUAUAUCUGGUUUCCUCAGCUGUGCGAUAUCUUGACAUCGAUGGCAGUCCAGCCAGCAGACGAGAUGCCGCUGUCGAUUGCACUGCUACCGCGUCCGACUUGCAUGAUCGUUCCCGCCAGCUGAAUGCCGUGCCAUCGCUUUUCGAGCUCGCCACUCGGGCCACUCAGGCCAACUUCAGUCUCGACGAUAUUCCGGCAGAAUUACCUGUCCGUGUGAGAACAGCCUUGCAGCAAGCAGCAACAAGCUUGGAAUUGGGUAAUCAGCAGUGUUCGACGUGCAGCCGAACAUUUGUGGCUGCCAGGGCCGAAUGGGUGGAGUACUGGUUCAGCGGCUUUCCAUCUCAGCCGGAACUCAGUCAAGAAGCAGUGCUUCCAUUUUCCAGGAGAGCGUGCAGCUGGCGGUGUGCUUUGCCAUCUGAGACGGGCUCCUUUCGAUUUUGAUUUAUGUAAUGUAAUGAAUGUAUAGAUGACUGACUGU